AUCCGAAUGUCGAUUUGUGUCAACUUCCGUUAAGAAAUAACUGUUACGUUUAGGAACAAGUUGUCUUGUAUUGAAUGAGACGUGUAAGAGACCCGAGAGAAAGUGUUGGUGGGAUCAGAAAUAAUCGCUUGUGCAACAGUGAACUGUUUGUUUUCAAUUUCCUUCGCUGACAUUGUAAGUCGUGACUGAUUCAGUCAGAUACGGUACACAUCAAAAUUUGUCAAACAUAAUCACUAGUCACCAUGGCUGAUGGAGCACAAGAUUCCAAAGAACAGUUGUCUGAUGCAUCAGGGAGCAAAACGGGUGAUGGCGAUAAGAAAGAGACUAGCUGGCUUCAAAACUUUAUGGUCAGUGCUCUUCAUAUUUCUGCCACCCCUCCAGAAAAGUUAUUGCCAGAGGUCACAAUAGAAGGAGUGGCAAAGUAUAUUUUGAGUGAUAAGUGUAACAAUGUGGUGACUAUAGCCGGGGCAGGAAUCUCAACAUCUGCUGGCAUCCCAGAUUUCCGUAGCCCAGAAAGUGGUUUAUAUCACAACCUACAGAAAUACAAUCUGCCUGAUCCACAAGCUAUAUUUGCGAUAGAUUACUUUAAGGAAAAUCCAGAACCGUUCUUUAUGCUGGCAAAAGAACUUUUUCCUGGACACUUUAAGCCAACACCAUGUCACUACUUCAUCAAAAUGCUUCAUGAUAAAGGCAAACUUCUUAGACAUUACACACAGAAUAUUGACACACUGGAAAGAGUGAGUGGUCUGGAUGGAGACAAACUUGUCGAAGCACACGGCACGUUUCACACGUCACACUGUCUGAUCUGUGGAAAGGAGUUUACACAAGACUGGAUUAAAGACAAAAUAUUCACCGAUACAGUCCCAAAAUGUGACCAACCAGAUUGUGAUGGUGUUGUUAAACCAGAUAUUGUCUUCUUUGGUGAGAAACUUCCGGAUAGAUUUGCUGAGUGUGUGACAGAUGAUAUGAACAAGUGUGAUAUGCUGAUAGUGAUGGGGACAUCUUUAGUUGUACAGCCAUUUGCUUCCCUGACAGCAAGAGUUCCUGUUACAACACCAAGACUGUAUAUUAAUUUGGAGAAAGGAAUGACUGGAAUGGACCCGUUUGCUGCCCUGUUCUUUGGAGGAGGUGGUUUUGACUUUGAUGGAGAAAACAACUACAGAGAUGUGUUCAAGGAAUCUACCUGUGAUGAUGGCUGCUAUGCACUGGCUGGUUUGCUGGGAUGGGGUCCUGAACUGAAGAAACUCGUAGCCACAGAGCAUGCCAAGAUUGAUAAGGAAAUUACUAAAGAAGCAUCUAAAGCAACGGCAAAGAAAACACCUUUAAAAAUGCAAAGCAAAACAUCCAAGAAGAAAAGUCCCUAACAUGUAUUCCAUAUUUGGUGUUUAAACCAAAUGCACAUACCCCAAACCUCUGGUUUGGUGUUAAUUGUUUUUAAUAUAUUUUAUGUUGUCCAAUAUAUAUUUUUUAAUGAAUUUCAAGAUGAAUUGGACAUGUGAUUGAUGUUUUUUUACAGUUUUUAUUAUCUUUAAUCAUCUUGAUAUAUCUAUAUAUCUAUAUAUACACAUACAUACAUACAUACAUACAUUCAGUUGAAUCACAUUGGGUUGAACCCUUUUGGUGCUGGAGAAACCAUUAGGUCAAAACUUAUAUAUUAUGUGUAUAAUGUAUGUAAAUAUGUUAAGACUUUACAAUGAAUGAGUGAACAAAGGAUGAAUGUUUUAAGAAACACCAACCACUAAUUUAACAUCAGCAAUUGAAUAUCGAAGGUAAAUAAAUGACAGAUUCACAUCAGUAUUGGCAAAAUUUCAAGUUCAAGCUAAAUGCUAAAACAGAGUAAUGAGCUAUGGAAAAUACUGAUAUCACGCACUUGUAAUCAUGAUUAUAUUUCUAAAACUUGUCUUUAAGUCCAGUGUAUCAUAAAACUAAUUCUGGGUAGAAUCUGAAUGAUGGUACCACGUUUUUGUUAGCAGCUAUACAUUUCAGAUUAUUGCACUCCACCAAGGUAUGAUGUGUUUUAAAUACUCUUUAAAAGAAUGUAUUAAUGGAAACAAAUGCUUUGUGUUAUGUGGUUUAUCUGAAAAACUACGGUGGCCCAUUUUGAGCUUAUAUUGUUUUUCCAUGUUUCAACCAGUGUCCCACAACUGGUUACAAAAGGCUGAGGUAUAUGCUGUCCUGUUUGGGAAAGUGCAUAUAAAAGAUCCCUUGCUGCUAAUGGAGAAAUGUAGCAGAUUUCUUCAUAUACUAUGUUAGAAUUACAAAAUGUUUGACAUUCGAUAGCUGAUGAUUAAUUAAUCAAUUUACACUAGUGGUAUUGAUACACAGAACAAACUUUUACUUCAAUUGAAAAACUAACAACAGUACUAUAUUUUUGACUGGCCUAUAUUCAUUCUAGUUAAUCAACUGGUAGAAAGAUGCCAGAAAGCUAUGUUACAAAAACAGUCUAGCACAUGUCUCUAGAUGGUAAUGAGCCCUUUUCAUUGGUUCAUUGGUCUCAUUGGUCAGGAGUUAGACUGCUGCAGGCUGACCAACUUUCCGGAAUUUUUCGAAAAAUCUGGAAUUUUCAUCACAUACUUGGAAUUCCGGAAUUGUUUUCAAAUUUACCAAAAAAAAUUUUUUAAGCAACUAAUUCAUAUUACAUUCUAUAUUCUUAGAAUUAAAUACCUUUGUCACUCAUUUCAACCCAAGUUCAGUUUUAUCUAGUUUUGUGCCAUUACCAAGGCCGCAGGCAUGUGUCUAUUGUCAACAGCCGACCAAUGAAAAUGUAGAGUAAACUGAAGCCAUAUAUGAAAAUUUUCUUUCUUAUUUUUGCACUUGAAUAGUUUAUAUAUUCAUUUUAAAGAUAUUUUAAAUAUCAUAGACUUAUGUUCCUAUGGGGCACGCAUCAGUUCUAUGGCGAUGUAUGCAAUUUUUCCACCGUGGAUGAAAGCAUAACAGAAGAAUGCUACGAUCACACCAAAAAACCCAACCAACAAUUAUCUUCUUUCCAUGCAAAAUUUGACUAAAUAAUAUUUGGCCAGCACUAAUCUAUUAUAUGAUGCAUCCAUGACAUUAAUAUACCUACCGAUAUUAUUUUAUUCAAGUAAGUUAAAUAACAACACAAUUUUGUGUACACUGGUGCCCCAAAAGUGUAACUGUAAUAGUAAUGUAAGCAUAAUGCAAAACGGCAGCCAGUCUUAAUGUGGGUAGCAGACAUUUCCUCCCCGACCAGUUCGCCACAAAUCAGUUCGACCCCACUACAUGCAUAUCAUGAAAUAGUGCAUAUGUGCCAAUGUACCUACCUGUACAUAAAGAUAACAUUUGUCCCAAGUUUGUUUGUCACUUUAUUGCUAAUCUGUAGGUAGGAGUCUUAAACUGUAAUACAAUAUCUGCUAAUAAAGUGGGAUUUUUUGUGUGAACUUGUUGAUGAUUUUGGUGCAUGGUAUGUGCGUGUGUGUGUGUCUUUUUAUGAGGAAGUUGCAAUUCACAUAUAAAUAAUGAUAUACUCAUUUGUAUUGUCAUUUUGCAAAUAUAUCCAAACAUGACAUUUUUCACACUGUUUAAAAUAACUUUUAUGAAAAUGAUAUUUCCGCAUACUUUAAAUUAUUGUUUUGAAAAGGGUGUUUGCGCGCAUAAAAUGAAAAUAUCAGAAAAUUCCGGGAAAAUAUUUCCAUUUAGUUGGUCACCCUGCUGCCGUUGCUUCUUGUUGAUCAUGUCAUUCUAUAAGCCACGUAUGUGAUGGUGUGUAAGAUGUACCAUUGCAUGCAUAAUAUAUGAACUGAAAGGAGUGAUGUCACAGUAUAGAAAUAUAAUGCUAAAAUUAUAAGACUCAUAGAACUAGAAAAUAUUUCUAAAUUAUUGAUUGCCUUGUGUCUCAUGUUAGAAAACACAUCUUCAAAAGGAUGAAUGCCAGAACCAUUAUGCUUCCAAUAUUGUAAUUCAGUGUUACAACAACAUAUGCAAAUGUCACAACUUACUCAUGAUAUUCUAAUACAAGAAGAUUCCAACAGCUACUCCACAUAUCUAGUACAUACAUCCUAACAUUCUGGAACAACUUUCUUCCAGUUGUAAGAUAUUGCAAGAGUCCAGUUACUAUAAUGGAAUUAAAUGUGUGCAUAACUCAUUUUAAAAAUGUAAGUACAUUUUCUAAUGACGUCAUUAGCUUUCCGGGUGUUAUCGUCAAUUUGAUCCCAGAAAAAGAAUGUAAUUAACCAAUCACAAUACAGAACACACUCGCAGUCGGUUUACAUUUACUUUAACGAAUACAUUGCAUGUAACGAAUCUAAACGCGAAACUUUUAACACAAUAGUUAACACUGUCACCUUCACCAUCGGUUAAAGUAAUACCUGUAUCUUGCCCCUUUGUUUUCUUCAUAAAGGUGUGACAAAAAAUACUGUUUUUAGGCCAGGUGUAGCCCUGUUGUGUAUAUUCAGCUACCGGUAAUGUGGAUAAGAACAUUUAUGUGAAGAAGAGAUAUGAAUGUUGAUUUGUUUCAUUUUGAACUUUAAAAUUUGAGCAAGAAAAUUGUUAAUGAACACAGUGGUACAUAAUGAUUUAACGGUAGAGUUGCAAAAAAACUAUUCUAAUUCAAAAUGUGAAGUUUCUAGUACAGUAUUGUUAUAAUACUCUGUGUGUCUGCACAUUCAAUAUAGAUAGGACUAAUUUAUUCAACUGAAUCAUCUUAUGCAAACCAGAAAGCUUUGGUGCAUAUAUAACAUCUGUGGUUGUACUGUUGGUUAAUUAUUGCUUUCACCUGGAACUACAAUGACAUUAUUUUAAUUAAACACUGUGAAAUGUA